AUGGGCGCGAGGUUUGACGAGGAUGAUGAGAUAAGGUCAUUGGAAGGCAACUAUAUGGAGGAGUCUAAACGCCUACUCCUUGCCGAUUUGGAAAACAUCUGCAUUGAGAACGUGCAGACAUGUAUCCUGAUUGCCAACCUUUUUGCUGCUCACCUGAACCCCUCCUCUGAGGCACUAUUCUUUCGUAUUGGUGUGAACUUAUUACAGAUCAUGGAGGCUGGGUCCUGUACCGCGGCCAUGACAUUGAUUGACCGUGAAGUCAGGAGAAGAGCCUGGUGGACGUUAUACAUGGCUGAUCGCUGGUCAUCAUCUAGUCUUGGACUGCCGCCUCAGAUCCGUGACACUGAUCUCGCUGUUGAUCUUCCUAUGAACGAAACUGUAUUCGAGUCUCUGUCCCCAGAUGAGACCAAGCUCAACGUUCCUUGGCAGCCAGGACUAUGGGCGCACAAAAUUUCUUUGGUGCGUCUGUUUGGACCUAUCAAGGAUCUCAAUCACCGCUCCGUCUAUGGAAACAUCACUGCUGGCGAGAUUGAGUCAAGCGUGGCGUCUCUCUCAGAUAUGCUGGAGGAAUGGGAGCGGACGAUCCCUCAGGACGUCAGAAUGAGCGCUGAAAAUCUUCAACAUCACAUCGAGGUAGGUCAGGGUGGCGCAUUUAUUGCCCUUCACCUUGGCUAUCAUCAUUAUGCCACUCUACUCUACUUCCGAUUUCUUGAGCCUGCGGCGUCAUUAUCGCCCUUUGCCGCAAUUUAUCGCACCAGGUGCAAGUAUCAUGCCUCAUCUUACAGUAACCUCGUCAGGCUUGCUCGUCAAAGCAAGAACUGUGAGGUCAUCUACCCUACUGUGGGUCACAUGGCUGUGGUAUCAUCAUCAGUCAUACUUCAUACACUAUUGUUCAGUGAAGAUGAAAAUCUAGAGAAUGCCCGAGAUGCCCUCAAAGCCAACUUUGAGGCGAUUCUUGAACUUCGACGGUAUUGGCCUAACACGGAAUCCAUGGUGCGCACUCCAGGUUUGGGUAUUCCUCCAAGAGAGACUGAUUGUUGCCAGAUCCAUCGACUUGUUACCUUUCAAAACUUUUGCCUGCUCUCUAAUGACUACAGAACCCAUAAGCUUGACGGCUGGAUGCUGCGUUUUCUGAUCCAGUACUCGCUUCCCUUGGGCGAAAAAGAUGUGGUACCCGUGACUUCGGGAAUGGAUAUUGAUAUGGAGAAUUUCUCGGCUCGCACUCAAGCGGUGACCGAACAGGGUAGAUACACUGCUUUCGAGAUCGAGAACUUCAUGUUAAGUGAUGUAGACGAGGGCGAAGUCAAUGGAAUGGUUAUCAACUAA